AUGCCAUCUUCUUCUUCUUCUUCGUACGAGAACGACGCGAUGCUAUACGUGCUCAAAGAAACCCCGUCGACGUUUGAAACGUUAGCGCGAGAUUUCCCGGAGCACUGCCUGUUAGUGGUCGCCGGCGGGUCGUGCUUGUUCGUGCACGUGUUUUCGAGAGUGUUGAUGAAUAGUAGGAGUAGCAGCGGCGGGAGGAAAAGAGAGGAACACCAAUCCUCGACGACGAAGGAGUUUUUAUCUCCAGUCAGAGGAGGAGGGAGUAACGACCUCGCGACGACGAUUGAAGAAAAGCGGUUCUCGCGUUUACGAACGAGGUACAACAUCGUGUACGUUUUCGCGACGUUUGGAGAUUGGAUUCAAGGCGCGUAUUUAUACGCGUUGUAUCGCGAACACGGGUUUACGAUGCAAUCGAUUGGUUUCAUUUUUGUGCUCGGGUACGCGUCUUCUGCGUUUCUGGGAACGAUUGUAGCCUCGUUAGGAGAUAGGUACGGGCAUAAAGUAAAUUGCGUUUUGUAUGGUUUCGCAUACGCGUUCGUGUGUGUGGUGAGCAGCCGAAGAUCGGACGUGUUUUCGUUGUAUUUCGCGAGAGUUUUAGGCGGGAUUUGUUAUUCUUUGUUGUUUAGUUCGUUCGAGGCUUGGGCGAUCGCGGAGUGCGAUCGGAAGAAGAUUCACAGGAGGAAUUUAGCGAGGUUAUUCGCAUCGGCGACGUUUUUUAACGCGCUAUCGGCGGUAGUGGCCGGGAUUAUCGGGAAUGCCGUCGUGGAUACGUUUUCCAGGAAGAACGGAUAUUACACCGGGAGUCAAUCGAGGACGUUGCCGAGGUUACAGACAGCCGAUGAAGCGCGAGUGGAAAGACCGUUACCGGAGUUAAGGAUUAAAACGUCUCUGUUUGUCACCGAGAAAGAACCAAACGAGUUCGCCCCGGCGUUUGAUGUCGCCGCCGGGGCGCUGUUUUUGUGCGGUUGUUUAUGCGCUUCGCUCUGGGUGAAUAACAAAACGAAAGUGAAUCGAGAAGACGAGGAGAACGAUGAAGGCGACGAAAACGCGUCGUUCGAGGAAGAUGGAGAGGAAGAAGAUCAAGACAGAGAGGACGAAGAGGAUGCCACAAAGAUGCCUCCACGAGGAAGAACUUUACGAAAAACAAGAAGAAAAAGGAGAGGCGGCAUACUCGAAUCGUUCAAAAUCGUCGCCACGCGUCCAGAACUAUUAUCGCUCGGUACCACGAAUUCGCUCUACGAGGCUGCGUUGCACGUGUUUGUUUUCAUUUGGACGCCGGCGUUGGAAAAGAGAAAAGAUGCCGAUCAAACGGUCUCCGGGUUUGUCCCCCACGGCGUCGUCUUUUCGCUCUUUAUGACGUGCAAAAUGCUCGGAUCGAUGACGUAUUCUAUCCUAUCUUCCGUGCAAAGGAAACGCCCCUACGUCAGUGGUAGUGGUGAUAAUAGUAAUAAUACGAGCAUCGCGCAGACUAGGAAAAGUUUGCGAUACGUUUUCCUCGCGGCUGCGAUAUCUUUCUUCUGGACGGUGGUUUUUAAAGAGAGUUAUUUCGUCGCCUUGUUUGCGUUUUGCGCGUUUGAGUUUGGUUUAGGCGUGUAUUGGCCCGCCAUGGCGGUUUUACGCGGUGAAUUAGUUCCAAACAAUUUGAGAGCAUCGGUGACGAGCGUGUUCAGAGUUCCUUUGAACGUCUUAGUUGUAAUGUUAUUGACGGCGGCGGGUAGAGCGAGCGAACGUGCGCUCUUGUUAUGUUGCGCGGCGAUGAUGUCCUUUUGUUUUAUUCUCAGCGUCAACGAAGGCUAG